AUGAAUGAACUCAUAUCGUCAGAGGAGUCAUGUAGAAGACAAAUAGGUCUCGUUGAAGACAGCACAUUCUGGGCGCAGUCGCUUUUACUUCUCCGUACGAUUGGAUAUCUCAUGGGGGAGGAGAACAUGAUGCACUACAUUAGUCUUAUGCGGCUCCUGACAAAUAGCUCAAACAUUCUGCAAUCUUACCGAUUAUUCCUCAAACGCAAAGAGGUAUUGCUAGCUACCUUCUCUGCUGCAUUGGACGAUGCCGCGGAAAUACAUGAGGCGGGCUGUGAUUUGAGAAGGGCUUCGUCACAGACAAGCACAACCUCUCUUGACGGAGCAAAAACAAAGAUUUUCUUAAGUCGGUGUGAUUCAUUCACAUCCUUUUUCCAAAACUACUACAGUGUGCGCCUAAAACUAUUUGGGUUGUAUGGCGUGGAACAUUCCCGCAUACAAAAAGAGUUGAUGUUGGUAAUACAUUCCCUGCACUGCACAGAUCUUGCUCGUAUGCUCCUUUCCCCUUCAGCGUGUGACCACUCACCAAGGAUACUGGCGCCGCCUGAGGAAUUUUAUGGUCUUGUUGUCAGCGACGGCCGCUUGCUGAACCGUGGAGGACACACGCUGAAGGAGCACUACUACCAGGUGCGGGUAAUCCAAUCCCUGGCCCCUGCCUUUCCUUUAGUGAGGUCUGGUGAUGUGAUACUCUCUAUCAACAAACGGUCGGUUGCCACUCUCGAGGGUGCCAGAGCCGAGUUGAAGGGACACCCCAAGACACUGGAACUUCUUGUCCUGCGCCAGAAGAAGGCGAUUUCUGUUACUGUUACAGUAUGA